AUGGAAUCCCACAACAAUGCAAUGCAAAGUCUGGGGUCGUAUCUAACGGGUCAGACACCAGACUUGGUCAUAUCAUAUUUUAUCGUCACUCUAUUGGCUGUGGCCGUGUACUGGUCUCAAUCCACACAGCCAAGUGAUUUGCUCAACCCACGAAGACCAUUCGAGUUCAGCAACAUACCACGACUUAAACGAUAUAUGGAAAACAGUCAGAGUCUUGAAACUAUUGCUUCUGGAGCCGCGAAAUUCGUUGGAAAGCCGUACAGACUGUUUUGCGAAUGGGGCGAGUUGACAAUCCUUCCUCCCCACAUGAUCGACGAGAUCAAGAACGACAGGAGAUUUGACUUUGGAGCCGCAGCAAGCGAUGAUAACCACGCAUACAUCCCUGGAUUCGGUGCUCUCAUGCAUGAUCCUGUCAUGCCAAAGGUCAUCGGACGACACUUGACCAAGGCCUUGGCUAAGCUUACAAGCCCCUUGUCCGAAGAAGCCGCUCUAGUUAUGCAAAAUGUCAUUACUGACUCGAUUGAAUGGCAUAUUCUCAACCUCAACGAGGAUAUUUCGACUAUUGUUUCACGCAUGUCCUCCAGAGUAUUCAUGGGCGAGGAUCUUUGCCGAGACGAAGGAUGGAACAACGCCAGUGCUUACUACACUAGGAAGACAUUUAAGGCCAUGAUGAUUCUCUGUAUCAUUCCACGAUGGCUGCGUCCUUAUAUCCACUGGGUUCUUCCCCAAUGUCGAGAGGUGCGACGAGCAUUGGCGGCCGCCAGAAAGGAAUUGAACCCUCAUAUUGAACGCCGGGAACUAAUCAAGACUGAGGCUCUGGCAAGAGGCGAAAAGCCUCCAUUCGAUGAUGCGAUUGAAUGGUUUGCUCAGUCAGGAUCUGAACUACCACCAGCUGAUUGCCAAAUUGCGCUGACUCUUGCUGCCAUCCACACGACCACAGAUUUACUAUCGCAAACAAUGGUUAAUAUCGCUACCUAUCCUGAGAACUUCACAGCUUUGAGAGAAGAGAUCAUCCGAGUUCUGUCAGAGCAAGGUCUCAAGAAGACGGCGUUGGCUGAUCUCAAGUUGAUGGACAGCUUCCUAAAAGAGACACAACGAAUGAAGCCAAUUCUUAUAGGGUGGAGAAGAAGGGCUCUCGUAGACGUUACGCUCUCCAAUGGAAUGACGAUUAAGAAAGGUAACAAGGUCGUAGUCACGGCUACUCACAUGUGGAGUGAUGAGAACUACAACAACGCCAAAACCUUCGACCCUUACCGAUUUGUUCCAAAGGACAAGGAGCAGAUGUCUUACUUGGUGAACACAAGUCCGAACCACCUUGGGUUCGGCCACGGAACGCACGCUUGUCCCGGACGCUGGUUUGCCUCGAACGAAGUCAAGAUUGCACUAUGUCACUUGCUUCUAAAGUACGAUUGGAAGCUUAUUGACGGCAAAGUACCUGAACCAGUCGCCUUUGGAAUGGCUUAUGUGGCGAAUCCUGAAGCAAAACUACUUAUCAGAAGAAGGAAGGAGGAGAUUGACUUGAGUACAUUGGAGUAUUGA